AUGGAGCAGGCUAUUGUGGCUCCAGUAAAUACCGCCCGACACGUAUGUGCGUCGGCGACACGUCGCGCCCAGGCAGAGGCCGAUUACGAAGGCAUGGGAGGAGCUGCGCGCGCCGCAGAGGCUAGCAGAUCGGUUCGGUCGGACAAUUAUUACGACAGGGCGGCCUGGAUUGAGACGCUCCGACCUGCCGGCAUCAGGUGACUCUGCUGGCAGCUUGAAGAAUGGACACAACAAUGCGAUGGAUACUGCCUCACUGCCGGAAUACAACCGGACACCACAACGGGAUGGAGGUGGCUUUCCGCUGGGUAGCAGUUACACGGGAACCAUAUUCUAAUUUUAUUUCUUGUUUGGCCAGAAAGCUGC